GGGCAACUUUUCCUCUGGACAGAGUUUGUCUCCCCCCUGGAGUCUAGUCAGGAGAUUCGGUUGGUCCCAUUAGGUGAAUUGCAGUGAUGAGACUCCGCAUCCUCUCUGCAAAGCCAGAGGAUUUAUGGGAAAUGGAGGCAGCAUUAGAGAAUCAUUUCUGCUUUGAAUUAGAAUGAAUAUGGCUGAAAAGUCAUACCAGCUAAAACAGUUUCAGGUCGGCCCUCGGAUCAGCCGCUUCUUCUCGGACGCUCCGGCUCCAUUUCAUAUCAAACAUCUGGAUCACCUGGUGCUGACGGUGCGGAGUAUAAAGGAGACCACCCGCUUCUACACCCGGGUGCUGGGGAUGGAUGUGGUCACCUUCAAGGGGGACAGGAAGGCGCUGACAUUCGGUGUACAGAAGAUUAAUCUCCAUGAGGUUGGGAAGGAGUUUGAGCCCAAGGCAAGACACCCGAAACCGGGCUCAGCAGAUCUGUGUCUGAUCACAGAGACCCCCCUCAGCACCGUCCUACAACAUCUGCAGAUCUGUGGUGUCCCGGUAGAGGAAGGACCUGUGUCUCGGACCGGAGCUGUGGGGGAGAUCCAGUCUGUGUAUUUCCGGGAUCCGGAUCACAAUCUAAUAGAAGUAUCAAACUAUGCGUCCGACCUGAAGAAACCCUAAAAGGAGCUGGACAAAAUUUAACAUGUCUUCAAAAGGAGGUCUCCAACCCGCACUGCCCCACCCCCACCUGCUGUGAGAACUAGGUUAAGAGACUUUCUGAGGGUUCUCAUUCAAUGACAGCAAGCAGAGGUAUUAAAUAUAGCUUGGAAGUGAAAUACAAAGUAUAAUUGAGAAACUGGACCGGCCCUUUAAGUUUGGUGAAAGCUGCAAACAUCAUGGACAGACUUCCUGCUCACUCACGGUUGUACUUGCUCUAUAGUAAGCAAUGGUGUUAUAAAAUGUUGCUGACCGAAUAAAUUAUUGU